AUGCACGCCCACCGGCUCCACUUCCUCCUUCUGCACAUCUGGUGGGCCCUCCUCCAGGCGGGCGCCGCUACAGUAGCCCCCGAUCCCCUACGUACGAGGGGGCAGCCCUCAUCGCCGUCCCCUCUGGCGUACAUGCUGAGCCUCUACCGCGAACCGCCCCGGGCGGACAUCAUCCGCAGCUUGCAAGCGCAAGAUGUGGAGGUGGACGGGCAGAAUUGGACCUUUGCUUUUGACUUCUCCUUCCUGAGCCAAAAAGAGGAUUUGGAGUGGGCUGAGCUCCGGCUGCAGCUGUCCAGCCCUGUGGACCUUUCCCCUGACGUCCCGCUCUCCAUUGAGAUUUUCCAUCAGCCAAAGCUGGAGGCAGAUCAGGACCCAGCCAGCUGCCUGGAACGUCUUCGGAUGGAACUGUUCACUGUCACUCUGUCCCAGGUUACCUUUUCCUUGGGCAGCAUGGUCCUGGAGGUGACCAGGCCACUCUCCAAGUGGCUGAAGCACCCCGGGGAGCUGAAGGAGCAGAUGUCCAGUUUGGCUCGAGAGUGCUGGCAGCGGCCUCCCACGCCACCUGUCACCAGUGUGCUCCUCCUGCUCUACUCCAACCUCUCUCCUGAGCAGAGGAGGCUGGGUGGCCCCACCUUGCUGCGGGAAGCUGAGAGCUCCUGGAGGGCCCAGGAGGGACAGCUCUUCCGGGAGAGGGGCAGGAGGCACCCUCGGCAUCCGUUGCCCGACAGAAGCCAACUGUGUCGGAAGGUCAAGUUCCAGGUGGACUUCAACCUGAUUGGAUGGGGCGCCUGGAUCAUCUACCCCAAGCAGUACAACGCCUAUCGCUGCGAGGGCGAGUGUCCUAACCCCGUGGGGGAGGAGUUCCAUCCGACGAACCACGCGUACAUCCAGAGUCUGCUGAAGCGGUACCAGCCCCACCGAGUCCCCUCCACCUGCUGUGCCCCCGUGAAGACCAGGCCUCUGAGCAUGCUCUAUGUGGACAAUGGCAGGGUCCUCCUGGACCAUCACAGAGACAUGAUUGUGGAGGAAUGUGGGUGCCUUUGA